UUUCUCUAGCAAUUUAGAUAUUUCCUAACGAAAUUGUAAAUUAAACAUUUUAAAGUUAAAUUUGCUGCUGGUUAAAAUAAACGUACAACGUAAACGCACGAAAAACAAAUACAAAAAUUAUUGAGAAAUUUCUCCAAAUUAAAUCAAAAGUAAUAUUUGAUUGUCUAUUAACGAAGAAGUGCUUGGUGUGAAAAUUUGUAAUAAUUAAUAAAAAGUGAAUUUUUUAACAAAAGCAUUACGACCUGCGACUAAAUAAUUCGAUACAACUUGGAAUAAGUUAAAGUUAAAUACCUACCUCUUGUAUUCACAUACAUAUUUCUAUCGCCACUUGAAAUUGAAACAAUCAAAUCAAAUAACUUAAAAAGUACAUAUAGAUAGUGAAAAGUUGACUGUACUUGGUGUUAAGUUCACAAAAGUGCAGUGUUAUAAAGUUUAUCCAUAAAUUUAAAUAAUUUAAUUCGAAAGAAAGUGUUCAAUUGGUUUAAUUUUGGAAGUGCAGAAUGUCGAAUGAAUUUCCAACGAUGAGAGAUGGAAUACAGGAUGUCGAAACUGGAGAAGUAGAAUACAUCUUUGCUGAACGUGAACCUCCCAUCCAACCUCAAACUAUUGAAGUUGAUGCGGAGACAGGAGAGCCAGAGUGUUCUAAAAUAGCAGUUCGCUACUUGAAAAGAAAAUCCUUUCAAAUUCCAAAAGAAUACUUGAAAACUCCCUCAGAUGAUGAUGAUUUUGAUGAACCCUCCUGCUCAAAGAAGAUUGCUGCAUACAAUCCAUUCGAUAAGGAGGCUUUCAUUAGGAUGGACUGUGUAAAUAAGGACAUCGUUCUUGGAUUCACAAAAUCAAGCUACCUGCUGUUCUUAGUACCAUCAGUGUUCUGCUUCACAAAGAUAACAGCUAUCUGCAUUUUAGCUUGCGAAUUACUCCUGCAUUAUUUGGCGCAUUAUAAAAAUCGCAAUAAUCUAAACUCAAAUAUUUUCUAUCGAAGUCCUUUACAUUUGCUUACGUCGCAAUUUUGUCGUGAGUGUUGUGCAGAGAAUGAAAUGGAUUCAAUAAGAAAACUCCAUAAGAUCAGCUCGUCGAGAUUAAAUUUAAGCUUCAAAGAUAUGACAAAAAUUAUUGGAUAGUUAUGGAAUUAUGCAAAUACUAUAUUAUGUAGUUUUUCUUUUUUGGUUUUUGUGUUUUAGUUUCUUCUUUUUCUUAUUCUUCUGUGAAAAUAUUUCUUACGAUUAAUUUUAGUGUUUGUUUGUUCAAAAAUAAACUUAACAAUAUUUAUUUUUUAGAUCAUUUAUACAUAUUAUAUAUUUGUAUUAAGUUUUAUUAAUAAAAAAAUAUGAAUAAAUAUACUUAUUAAUAAGAACCAAGGAAAGAAAAGGAA